CCUUCAGCCAAUGAAACCCACCGAGGCUACGAAAAGAACUAAGCGAGAGACCGGGGGACAGGUAGCCAUGUCUGAUGUGGGCAAAUGCCAGUUAGAGCUAGAGUCAGAAAUUUGUCCUUUGGGUUGAUGAACGAUGAAGGUGAAAGUGAUCUCGGUUCUGGACGACAAUUACAUGUAUCUGAUCAUCGAGGAGGAAACCAAAGAGGCUUUCGCGGUGGAUGCUUCGGUUGCUAAAAAGUUAAUCGAGAUUGUGCGGAAAGAAGGCGCCAACCUAAAAGCGGUUCUGACGACGCACCAUCACCUGGAUCACUGCAGGGGGAACCCGGAUCUCACGCAGAGGUUUCCAGACUUACACAUUUAUGGAGCUGAUGACCGUAUAGGCGGACUGACUCACAAGCUUGUCCAUAACCAGGAGCUGAAGUUUGGAGGCAUAAACGUGAGAUGUCUCUUCACGCCGUGCCACACUUCUGGACACAUGAGCUUCUUUGUGUGGGAGGAUGGCUGCGCGGACGCCCCGGCUCUCUUUUCAGGGGACACCUUGUUUGUUGGAGGAUGCGGGAGGUUUUUUGAAGGGACGGCGGAGCAGAUGUACAAGAAUCUGACGGAAACUUUGGGGACCCUGCCUAGCGACACUAAAAUCUUUUGCGGCCACGAAUACACCGUGAGGAACUUGAAGUUUGCGCUAAAGGUUGAGCCAGAUAAUGAGAGAGUGAAGGAAAAGCUUGCCUGGGCCAAGGCACGAGAUGAGGAUGACAUUCCAACCGUUCCUUCUAGCCUCGAGGAAGAGUUUCAUUACAACCCAUUCAUGAGACUAAAGGAAGAGGCUGUCCAGAAAUUCACCGGUAAGAUGGAUCCAGUGGAAGUGAUGAGGGUCCUGAGAAAAGAAAAAGACAAUUUUAAAAAGAAGGAGCAACUGCCGAUCCCAGCAAUCCUGGCGUUUCAGCUGAGUCUUCUCAGUGAGUCGCGGCCGGCCAAGAAAUGACCUCUUAAACAUUACCUGCCAGAGCUUGUCGGAGGACGAAGUAAUGGAGGAGCGCGCGUUAUGGAUUGGUGGCUAGAAUAGGACUCAUUUUUAAGAGAAUAAAUA